AUGAAAAUGAUUUUAUCGGUGAUACUUUUACCAGUAUUAAUAACAUUUGCUUCAGCUCAACAAAUAAGUGGGGUCUUUACCUCCUUCAACUCAUUGGAGUGGCAAAAUGGAGGUGGUUAUCCAUUUGCUGGUCCUUAUUUCCCUAGCUGGAAAGCAAAAUUAGGAUGGAAAAUUGACGGAUCAUCUAUGCAUGGAGGUGAUACUUUCACCUUAACCAUGCCAUGUGUAUUCAAGUUCACCACAAACGAAGAAUCUGUUGAAUUAAGUUCAGGAUUAACAAAUUAUGCCACUUGUAUUUUUGCACCAGGUAGUAUCUUGCUGCUGACUUCUGAAUUGAAAUGUACCAUAUUGGAUACUAUCCAAGAUCUGACCUUAACUACCGGAACAUUAACCUUACCAGUUACUUUCAAUGUAGGAGGUUCAGCAUUAGGUUCCGAUGUGUACUGUGCUAAUUUUUUUGAAGGUGGGUCAAACACGGUUUCCUUUAGUGACGGCGAUAAUAUCCUUUCCACCGAAGCUACAUUCGAACCAGAUACCCAAACUGAUCCUAAUGGAACUAUGUAUGGUGCACGUAUCAUUCCUAACAAGAAUGAAGCGCAGAUUUAUGUUUUAUCUGGUGAAUGUGCCCAAGGGUUAUCUUCCGGUACAAUAGGUAUGACAAUUACGGACGGUUCAAGUAUAAUUGAUUGCUCGUCUGUCCAUGCAGCUAUGUCAAACUCAUUAAAUGAUUGGUAUUUUCCGGAAUCUGCUGAUUUGCUUUCUACAUCCACGUCUUAUUGCAAUGAUUCAUCAUUCAUGGUAACCUACUCCAACAUUCCAAAUGGCAAUCGUGUAUUCAUUGAUGGACUUAUGUCUAUCGUCAAUGGGGAAUCUCCUACUGUGAAAUAUACGAACCAAUACAUUUGUGAUCAAUCGGAAGGUUUGAUCGAUGGUACAACUGAGGUCAAGUGGCAACCCUCGUAUGUCAAUAUCAAUGACUUUGAUGUAACUGUUUCUUCAGAUAAUGAUGCAACCACAGCUACAGGAGCUAACACCGAUGCUACUACUGCAGCUACUACUGCAGCUAGUACCGACUCUGAUACUUCCUCAGCAAGUAACCCAGGUACUGGAUCUAACACUGGAGCUAACACUGGAUCUAACACUGGAGCCAACACCGACGCUACUACCACCGCCACCGCAGCUAGUUCCGACUCUGCUGCUUCCUCAUCAAGUAACCCAGGUACUGGAGCUAACACCGAUGCUACUACCACUGCUGCUAGUUCCGACUCUGCUGCUUCUCCAUCCAGCGAUGCAGGUUCAGGAGCCAACACUGGAGCCAACACUGGUGCUAAUACUGGAGCCAAUACCGACGCUUCGAAUUCUGCUGCUGCUUCUCCAUCUAGUGAUGCAGGUUCAGGAGCCAACACCGAUGCUACCGCCAUUUCUAGUUCUAAAUCCUUAGAUAACGAAUCAGGUGCUGCUACUGGUAUCAACACAGAUACUACAAAUUCCGGAUCUCCUGCUGCUCCUUCAGAAAUCAAUGCAGGAACACAAGGAAACCAAGAGAGCAACGUUACUGCUAAUUCGGAAUCAGUUGAAAACAGACCAACUAACCUUUCCACUUUAGCCACUAUAAGUUCGGGUGUUAUUGUAAGUGCAGAUGAUUCUGAAACUACAGACUAUUCUGGUGAUGAUGACAAUGAAAACAUUUCAAAUAGUGAUAUUGCUGGAAAUUACUCCGAAAACCAAGAAUCAGAUAAUGGUUAUGGUUAUACCGCUAGUGAUAACUACUACAGUUCCAGCUCUCAACUGGUCGCUCCAGCUAUCACAUCAGAUUCUGUAGAUGGAGUUAACUCGGUAAGAGCAAGUCCAGCCUUGAGUUUACUUUUGACUGUUUUGAUGGCUAUUUUCUAA